AUGCUCUCAAUAUUGGUCACCGUGGGAUUUCUCUGCACAGCCACUGCCGUUGCAGAAGUAAUGGAAGUGUCUCAGCCAGCAAUGGUGCUAGCCAACAGGCAAGGAGUUGCCAGCUUGGUGUGUAAAUACAAGCACAUCGGGAAUGCAAAGGAAAUUCGAGUGACUCUGCUGAAACAGACGGGUGACCAGUUCACUGAGAUUUGUGCUUCAACCUACACGACGGAGUUUAAAAUGUUCAGUGUGGAAGAGGUCAUUCAGUGCCGUGUUAGCCCUAGCCGAAACAAUGUGACCCUCACCCUCACUGGCCUGCAAGUUAAUGAUACUGGUCUUUAUGUCUGCAAGAUGGAGCGGAUGUACCCUCCACCCUAUUUUAUGAACAAAGGCAAUGGGACACAACUCUACGUGAUUGAUCCAGAACCGUGUCCAGACACUGCCAUAUAUCUCUGGGUAUUAGGAGCUACUGCCUCAGGAUUCUUUCUUUACAGCUUCAUCAUCUCAGCUGUUGUCGUGGGCAAAGCGAUACAGAGAAGACGACGUCUCACUACUGGAGUCUAUGUGAAAAUGCCUUCUGAAAAGCUAGAGAAAAAAGUGAUUCCAUUUCACAUCACUGUGAAUUGA